CUCUCUUCUUCACCACAGCGAAGACCAAGCCUCCAACGUCUCUCCUUCUCCUACGCUCCUCAUUCAAUUCAGCAACGUAAAUAAAUCUUCAACGGGAAAUAGCGCUCCUUGCUACUAUAAAUAGACGACACACAUCAAAUAAGGAAAAGGGGGAAACAACGAAGGGAAAAAAAGAGAACAGAGCAGCGGCUAUGGCCGCUGCGACCUACGUGUGGCGGCGACCGGCGAGAUGGACGGCGUCCGGCGAUGGCCGGCGGUGGCAGUAGCAGCGGCUAUGGCCGCUGCGACCUACGUGUGGCGGCGACCGGCGAGAUGGACGGCGUCCGGCGAUGGCCGGCGGUGGCAGUAGCUCCGGGAAGAGGCAAGACCAUGGUUCCAUCACAGCUCCUAUUCUUCAUUUUCAUCUUGUUCUCCAAUUGGUUCGAGGACAGCCUUCAAAUCCUUGGAGGAAUGGUGGAAGAUAGCCGUGAAAUUUUCGUUUGCGAUGCUUUGACGGAGUUCAAGAGACCGAGCUUAAAGGAUUCGGAAAUCUUUGAGGAGGACCCUCGAGGUAUUGGAGCAGAGACUUUCUGAACCAAUCUAAAUUGGAGGUGUAGGAAUUAUUAGAAGCCACUCACGAAGGGGACGUCUCAACCAAGCAAACAAUGAUUGCCCUAGGAAACAUGGAAUACGAAUCCUUCCACAAAGGGCAAAGUGAGACGAUUCAAGACAUGAACAAAAGGUUCAACGAAAU